CAGCGUUCAACGAUGACUUUCGAGGUUGUUUUUAACAGAAUAGAAUAGCUGUUAAUGCAACUUUACGCUGAAAUAAAAAAAAUUAAAAAUAUAAUUAAUAGAAUGGGUCUUUAGUUUUUGACUAUUUCCAUUGCAAAUAAAAAUCAUUUUUUUUCCUUUUUAUAAUCUACGUAAUGCUUAAAGCCUGUCGCUUAUUACAGCUGAUAAUGAAGAUCAUCGGCGAGCUAGCCCUGCUCGGGGCUAUUGCUUCCGUGUUUAUCGUGGCAGCUCAAGGUCGUGCAGCAGAGAGGCAAGCUGAAGAGGCAGCUGGAAGGCAGUACAUGAGGAAGCUAGAUGAUCUCACAUCUAAAUCCAAAAACAGACUGGUCAUAGCAUCGUGGAACUAUGAGAGUAACAUCACAACUUACAACCAAGAGCAGAUGCUACAAAUUUCAUUGGAAGUAGCUGAAGAAGAGAAGGAGUCUUGGAAAGAAACAAUGAGCUAUCUCUGGCAUGAGUUUGAAGACGCAGACUUGAAAAGGAUGUUCGAAAAAUACUCACGCUUGGGAACAUCAGCCCUACCUGAGGACUUGAAUCAACGGCUCAUACAAGCCGUGAACAACAUGCAGACAAAUUAUGCAAAGGCUACCAUAUGUGACUACAAAGAUCGCACUAAAUGUGACCUACAUGUGGAACCUGAGGUCACAGAUAUAUUUGCAAACAGCGAAGAUCCAGAAGAAUUGAAGUACACCUGGAUCGAGUGGCACAAAGCUGCGGGUGCUCCAUCCAGAGGCAACUUCACCGAGUAUGUUGAAAUGGACAACGAAGCUGCCAAGCUAAACGGUUACGAUACAAUGGCAGAGUAUUGGUUGAGUGAAUAUGAAAUGAAGAACGAAGACGAAUUUGCUACCUUGUGGAACCAGAUAAAGCCCCUGUACCAGCAAAUACACGCCUAUGUUCGUAGGAAAUUGAGAGAGAAAUAUGGUGAAAGUGUUGUAUCAGCUAAGGGGCCAAUACCUGCUCAUUUAUUAGGUAAUAUUUGGGCACAAACUUGGGGCAACGUAGAAAAGUUCACCAAACCUUAUCCAGGGAAACCAGAGGUUGAUAUCACUGCUGCCUUAAUAGCUCAGAAUUACACCCCACUUAAAAUGUUUCAAACUGCUGAAGAAUUCUUCACAUCACUCACUUUAAGUGAAAUGCCAGAAUUGUUUUGGGAAAGGUCUAUAUUGGAAAAACCUAAUGAUGGUAGAGAUAUGGUGUGCCAUGCUUCCGCUUGGGAUUUUUAUGAUGGUGAAGACUUUAGGAUAAGGCAAUGUACUACUAUCACAGGUGCUUUCUUCAAGACUACACACCAUGAGAUGGGUCACAUUCAGUACUAUUUACAAUAUAAAGAUCAGCCAGUUGUCUACAGGAGAGGAGCUAACCCGGGUUUCCAUGAGGCUGUUGGUGAUGUAAUUGCCCUCUCUGUGUCAUCGCCGAAGCAUUUAAGAGUGAUGGGACUGUUGGAAGAUGGAGCUGAUGAUCAGGAGUCUAACAUUAACCAGUUAUAUAAAAUGGGCUUGGACAAGAUAGUGUUCCUUCCGUUCGGGUACCUCCUGGAUUUGUUCCGUUACAGCGUGUUCCGUGGCAUUACCACUCCCAGAGACUACAACUGCCAUUUUUGGCAGCUCAGAGAAUCUUUGCAAGGAGUUGAACCUCCAGCGCCAAGAUCCGAGGACGACUUUGAUCCUGCUGCAAAGUAUCAUAUUUCUGCUGACGUCGAAUACAUGAGAUACUACGUGUCGUAUAUUAUUCAGUUCCAAUUCCACCGAGCACUGUGCCAGCUCGCCGACCAGUACACCCCUGGCGACAGCAACAAGACCUUGUCCAAUUGUGAUAUUUAUAGAAGCGAAGAAGCAGGCAAAGCGUUAGGCAAAAUGCUACAGUUAGGAUCUUCGAAACCCUGGCCAGAAGCGAUGGAGAUGCUGACGGGCCAGCGUAACAUGGACGCCAGUGGGGUGCUGGAGUACUUCCAACCUUUGUACGAUUGGCUCAAGGCUGAAAACGAACGGACUGGUGAAUUUAUCGGCUGGGAAACCAGUACAGUCCAAUAUUGCACCCAGGAACAACGCAUGUCAAUGGAUGAAGUUGGUUUCAGUGCCAAGCUGAAGAAGUACGUUGGACCUUAAAUAUAAGAACAGGAUUGUGAAUAAAUUGACUG